CCACUUCGUAGCCAUCGCCGAAUCUUUCUAUUCAUACACACACAUUCUACGCGUUUACCUUUCAGUGAUGCCGAUGAAGAGGACUUCUGAAUCGGCCGAAGGAAGCAAUCGCUCCAAGAGACGACCACCAGAGCUGGUGGAUGAGAAUCCAACCUCUCCACCUCUCAAAGAGGAAAGGCCGCCCCGGUUUAUAGGUGAUCCGUUCGACACCGAGAUAGCUCGGGCACGGUGGCCACAUCGAUACGAUCCAAACCGAUCCACGGAAUUUGUCCAAGCAAAAAACCAUUUUCUUCUAGCGGCGGUUGAUGGAGAGAUGUACGUCUUGGAUGAGGAUUCCUAUGUUAAGGCGGAGGAAGGGAAGGAAAAUUACAUAUGCAAGAUUGUGGAGUUUUUCGAAGCUGUUGAUGGGAAAAAACUUUUUUGUGCUCAGUGGUAUUAUAGGGCAGAUGAUACGGUUAUUAAAACUUGCGCUAACCUUAUUAAGAGCAAUAAAAUAUUCUUUUCUCAAGUCAAGGAUGAUAAUCCACUUGACUGUCUUGAAGAGAAGGUUAGAGUUAUGCAUUUACCUUUGAAGGUUGACAAAGCGUUAAUGUCAAAACUUUUAGCAGCAUAUGACUUAUUCUGUGACAAGAUGUACUUACUUCCGUAUACUUCUUUUGUAAGCUUGCCAUCAGAGACAGAGAGUCCUACAAAUAGCGAUGACUUUGGUUCUACCAUCUCUAGUGAUGCUGAAGAAAAUUCUAUUCCACACGUAUUUCCUGAGAUUGAAAGGCAAUGUGGUGAGAGAACCCUGUUGGACAUGUACUCUGGAUGUGGUGGAAUGUCGACUGGGCUUUGUCUUGGUGCUAACAGUUGCGGGGUCAAACUUGUCACGAAAUGGGCUGUUGAUCUCAACCCAUAUGCUUGUCAAAGCUUGAAGCUAAACCAUCCCGAAACACAGGUAAGAAAUGAAAAAGCCGAGGAUUUUUAUCACCUUCUUGUGGAGUGGGAGAAGCUUUGCAUUUCCUAUUUAUCCUCAGAAAAUAAUGACGCAUCCAGUGAGCCUGUCAAAGAAGUUGAAGAUGAUGGUAAGGAAGAGGAAGAUGAAGAUGACUCUGAGGUGUUUGAAGUUGAAGAGAUUUUGGAAAUUUGUUAUGGAGACCCCAAUAACAAAAAAUCUUCUGAACUGCAUUUCAAGAUACGGUGGAAGGGUUAUGGCCCUGAGUAUGAUACGUGGGAGCCCUUGGAUGGUCUAAGUUCUUGCCCUGAAAAGCUGAAUGAAUUUGUGUUAAAAGGUUACAAGUCUAGAAUUUUACCACUUCCAGGAACUGUUGAUGUUGUAUGUGGGGGCCCACCUUGUCAAGGCAUAAGUGGCUUUAAUAGGUUUAGGAACAAGGAUGCCCCACUUGAAGAUCCAAAGAAUAAACAACUUGUUGUUUUCAUGGAUAUUGUGUCCCAUCUCAAGCCAAAGUUUGUGCUGAUGGAGAAUGUUGUUGAUCUUGUGAAGUUUGCAGGUGGUUUUCUUGGUAGAUAUGCAAUGGGUUGCCUUGUGGGCAUGGGUUAUCAAGCUAGAAUGGGAAUGAUGGCAGCUGGUGCAUACGGUCUGCCUCAAUUUCGCAUGCGUGUUUUCUUGUGGGGUGCUCUUCCCACAGAGAAGUUACCCUCAUACCCAUUACCAACCCAUAAUGUCGUUGUUAGAGGAGUUACUCCACUUGAAUUUGAGGCCAAUACGGUUGCAUAUGAAGAAGGGCGUAAACUAGAUCUAAAGAAAGCUUUGGUUCUUGCCGAUGCUAUCUCUGACCUCCCUCAUGUUGAGAAUGAUGAAGGGCGUGAUGAAAUACCUUAUAACUCGGAGCCUCAAACUGAAUUCCAACGCUUUAUAAGGCUAAGAAGGGAUGAAAUGCCUGGUUACUUAAAUGUCAAAUCUGAGGUGAUUGAACAUCCGUUGUGUGAUCAUCGCCCCCUUCUUCUAAAUCAAGAUGAUUAUGAGCGUGUUUGUCAAAUACCUAAAAAGAAGGGUGCAAACUUUAGGGAUUUGCCAGGUGUGAGAGUCCGUCCUGACAACAAAGUCGAAUGGGAUCCUAAUGUGGAGAGGAAAAAAGUUUCUUCUGGGAAACCUUUGGUCCCAGAUUAUGCUAUGUCUUUUGUUAAUGGAACCUCAAGCAAGCCGUUUGGGCGUUUGUGGUGGGAUGAAACAGUUCCUACUGUCGUCACUCGAGCAGAACCUCAUAAUCAGGCAAUCUUGCAUCCUAAUCAAGAUAGAGUUCUUUCAAUCCGUGAAAAUGCCCGACUGCAAGGCUUUCCUGAUUACUACAAACUUGUUGGGCCUAUAAAGGAGAGAUACAUACAAGUGGGGAAUGCGGUGGCUGUGCCGGUAGCAAGAGCAUUGGGAUUCUCUCUAGCUCUGGCGUUGAGGGGGUUAUCGCAGAAUGAAGCAGUGAUGACCUUGCCUGAAGAUUAUCCCAUGAUGAAGGAUGUAUCUUCUUCACCAAAUAAUGACAUGAUAUGAUUCAUGUUUAAUCAUUCAAAGCUGGUAAGAGUUGUUUAUGAAAGCGAUAAGAAGCUUCAUACUUUUGUCUAUUUGUACUCUUGUUCGUUCCAUUCACUUGGAAGAAUUCAUAUUCUUUAAUUUAAUGCACAACAACUGAGGUUGAAAAUAAUUGUAAGUGUUGGUUGUCUUACUAAUUUUGGUUGCUUAGUUUCUAUGCAACAAAAACUAUUGUAUAA